AUGGUUCUCUCUUCUCUUUUCCGGGUUCUCUCUUUCUUUUCCAGGUUCUCUCUCUUUUCUUCUCUUUUCCGGGUUCUCUCUUCUCUUCUCUUCUCUUUUCAGGUUUCUCUUCUCAGGUUCUCUCAGGUUCUCUCUCUCUUUUCCGGUUCUCUCUCUCUUUUUCCAGGUUCUCUCUUCUCUUUUCCAGGUUCUCUCUUCUCUUUCCAGGUUCUCUUUCCUCUCUCUCUUUUCGGGUUCUCUCUUCUCUUUCUUUUCAGGUUCUCUCUUCUCUUUUCAGGUUCUUCUUCUCUUUUCCAGGUUCUCUCUUCUCUUUCCAGGUUCUCUCUUUCUCUCUUCUCUUUUCCAGGUUCUCUCUUCUCUCAGGUUCUCUCUUCUCUUUUCCGGGUUCUCUUUUCUCUCUCUUCUCUUUUCCAGGUUCUCUCUUCUCUUUUCCGGGUUCUCUCUUUCUUUUCAGGGGUUCUCUCUCUCUUCUCUUUCCAGGUUCUCUCUUCUCUUUUCCAGGUUCUCUUUUCUUCUCUUUUCCAGGUUCUCUCUUCUCUUUUCUCUCUUCUCUUUCCAGGUUCUCUCUUCUCUUUUCCAGUUUCUCUUUCUUUCUUCUCUUUUCAGGUUCUCUCUCUUCUUCUUUUUCAGGUUCUCUCUUCUCUUUUCCAGGUUCUCUUUCUCUUUUCCAGGUUCUCUCUUCUCUUUUCCGGGGUUCUCUCUUCUCUUUUCAGGUUCUCUCUUUUCUUUCUCUCUUCUCUUUUCAGGUUCUCUCUCUUUUCCAGGUUCUCUCUUCUCCAGGUUCUCUCUUCUCUUUUCCAGGUUCUCUCUUCUCUUUUCCGGGUUCUCUCUCUUCUUUUUCAGGUUCUCUCUUCUCUUUCGAGUUCUCUCUUUCUUUUCCGGGUUCUCUCUUCUCUUUUCAGGUUCUCUCUUUUCUUUUCCGGGUUCUCUCUUCUCUUUUUCUCUCUUCUCUUUUCAGGUUCUCUCUUCUCUCUCUUCUCUUUCCAGGUCCAGGUUCUCUCUUCUCUUUCCAGGUCUCUCUUCUCUUUCCAGGUUUCUCUUCUCUUUCCAGGUUCUCUCUUUCUUUCCAGGUUCUCUCUUCUCUUUUUUCGGGUUCUCUCUUCUCUUUUCCAGGUUCUCUCUUCUCUUUUUCUCUCUCUUCUCUUUUCAGGUUCUCUCUUCUCUUUUUCUGGGUCUCUCUUCUCUUUUUCCGGUUUCUCUCUUCUCUUUUCUUCUCUUUUCAAGUUUCUCUUUCUUUUCAGGUUCUUUCUCUUUCAGGUUCUCUCUUCUUCUCAGGUUUCUCUCUUCUCUUUUUUCUUCUCUCUUCUCAGGUUCUCUUCUCUCUUUUUCGGUCUCUUCUCCAGGGUUCUCUCUCUUUUCCAGGUUCUCUCUCUUCUCUUUCCGGUUCUCUUCUCUUUUCCAGUUCUUCUUCUUUCAGGAUCUCUCUUUCUUUUCUGGGUUUCUCUCUUCUCUUUUCAGGUUCCUUUCUUUUCUUCUCUCUUUCAGGUUCUCUCUUCUCUUUUCAGGUUCUCUCUUCUCUUUCCGGUUCUCUCUUCUCUUUUCUCUCUUCUCUUUCCAGGUUCUUUUCUCUCUUCUCUUUCCAGUUCUCUCUUCUCUUUUCCAGGUUCUCUCUUCUCUUUUUCCGGGUUCUCUCUCUUUUCUGGGGUUCUCUCUUUCUUCUCUUUUCCGGGGGUUCUCUUUUCCAGGUCUCUCUUCUUUUUCCGGGUUCUCUCUUUCUUUUUCCGGGUUCUUCUUCUCUUUUUCAGGUUCUCUCUUCUCUUUUUCUUCUUUCUUUCUUCUCUUUUCCAGGUUCUCUCUUCUCUUUUCCAGGUUUCUCUUUCUUUUCGGGUUCUCUCUUUCUUUCAGGUUCUCUUUCUUUUCCAGGUUCUCUCUUCUCUCGGUUCUCUCUUCUCUUUUCAGGUUCUCUCUUCUCUCUUUUCGGUUCUCUCUCUUUCUCUUUUCUUUUCCGGUUCUCUCUUAUCUUUUCCAGGUUCUCUCUUCUCUUUCCAGGUCUCUCUUCUCUUUUCUCUCUCUUCUCUUUUCCAGGUUCUCUCUUCUCUUUUCUUUUCUUUUCUCUCUUCUCUUUCCAGGUUCUCUCUUCUUCUUUUCCGUCUCUCUUCUCUUUUCCAGGUUCUCUCUUCUCUUUUCCAGGUUCUCUUCUUUCUCUUUUCCAGGUUCUCUCUUUUCUUUCCGGUUCUUUCUUUUCCAGGUUCUCUCUUCUCUUUCCUGGUUCUCUCUUCUCUUUUCCAGGUUCUCUCUUCCGUUCUUCUCUCUUCUCUUUUCCAGGUUCUCUCUUCUUCUCUUUUCCAGGUUCUUUCCUUCUCUUUCCGGUUCUCUAUUCUCUUUCCAGGUUCUCUCUUCUCUUUCCGGUUCUCUCUUCUCUUUCCGGUUCUUCUUUCUUUCAGGUCUUCUUUUUUCCGGGUUCUCUCUUCUCUUUUCCAGGUUCUCUCUCUUUCCAGGUUCUCUCUUUCCAGGUUCUCUCUUCGGUUCUUUCCAGGUUUCUUCUUCUCAAGUUUUUCCAGGUUCUCUCUUCUCUUUUUCCGGGUUCUCUUCUCUUUCCAGGUUCUCUUCUCUCUCCGGGUUCUCUUUUUUUUCCAGGUUCUCUCUUCUCUUUCCAGGUUCUUCUCUUUUCAGGUCUCUCUCUUCGGGUUCUCAGGUUCUUCUUUUCCAGGUUCUUCUCUUCUCUUUCUUUUCCAGGUUCUCUCUUUCUUUUCCAGGUUCUCUUCUCUUUUCCGGGUUCUCUCUUCUCUUUUCCAGGUUCUCUCUUCUCUUUUCCAGGUUCUCUCUUCUCUUUUCCAGGUUCUCUCUUCUUUUCUUUCUUUUCUUUUCCAGGUUCUCUCUUUCCUUUUCCAGGUUCUCUCUUCUCUUUUCCAGGUUCUCUCUUCUCUUUUCCGGUUCUUCUCUUCUCUUUCCAGGUUUCUCUUCUCUUUUCCGGUUCUCUCUUUCUUUUCCAGGUUCUCUCUUCUCUUUUCCGGUUCUCUCUUCUCUUUCCAGGUUCUCUUCUCUUUCCUCUCUUCUCUUUUCCAGGUUCUCUCUUCUCUUUUCCAGGUUCUCUCUUCUCUUUUCCAGGUUCUCUUUCUUCUUCUUUUCCAGGUUCUCUCUUCUUUUCCAGGUUCUCUCUUCUCUUUCCGGGUUCUCUCUUUCUUUUCCAGGUUCUCUCUUCUCUUUCAGGUUCUCUCUUCUUCUUUCUCUUCUCUUUCCAGGUUCUCUUCUCUUUUCCAGGUUCUCUCUUCUCUUUCCGGUUCUCUUUUCUUUUCCGGGUUCUCUCUUCUCUUUUCUCUCUCUCUUCUUUUCCGGGUUCUCUUUUCAGGUUCUCUCUUCUUUCCAGGUUUCUCUCUUUUCUUUUUCUCUCUUCUCUUUCCAGGUUCUCUCUUUCUUUUCCGGGUUCUCUUCUCUCUUUUCCAGGUUCUCUCUUCUCUUUUCCAGGUCUCUCUUCUCUCUUUUCCAGGUUCUCUCUUCUCUUUCCAGGUUCUCUCUUCUCUUUUCCGGGUUCUCUCUUCUCUUUUCCAGGUUCUCUCUUCCCUUUCCGGGUUCUCUCUUCUCUUUUCCGGGUUCUCUCUUCUUUUUUCCAGCUUGACCACCACCUCUUUCUUCUUCUUCUUCUUCUUCUUCUUCUUCUUCUUCUUCUUCUUCUUCUUCUUCUUCUUCUUCUUCUUCUUCCUUGUUCUUCAUCGUUUUCUUCCUCUCUUCCUAGAUUUUCUCAAUCAAAUUGAUUAUUCUUUUUUCUUUGUUUUCUUCGGCUUUGGUUCGUCGCCUUAUUUUCAUUAUCCUUUUUUCCACUUUCUCUUUUUUCCUCUUCUUUCACUUUGUUCCCGCCUUUUUCUUUCACACUUUUUCUUUUUUUCAUCAUCAUUACCUGCCUUAUUAAUUGCCGCUAUACCUGUCUCUAAAUUUCAUUUCUUCUUCUUCUUCUUCUUCUUCUUCUUCUUCUUCUUCUUCUUCUUCUUCUUCUUCUCAUCCUUCUUUUUUCUAUUUGCCGUAGCGAGGAAUAAUAACCGGCAUUUUUAUCUUCUUUCUAUCUUCUUUCUUCUCUUCUUUCUAUCUUCUCUCUUGUCGUCUCUCUCUCUCUCUCUCUUUCUCUCUUCUUUCUUAUCUUCUUUCUUGUCUUCUACCUUAACUUCUUCCCUUCUUCCGUGUCUUCUUUCUCGCUUCUCACUUCUCUUCUUUCUCCUUUCUUUUUCUUUUUCUCUCUCCUUUCUUCUUUUCCUUCUUCUCUUCUUUCUCUCCUCUUUCUUCUUUCUUGUCUUCUUUCUCUCUUCUUUCUAUUAUCUUUCUUGUCUUCUUUUCUAUCUUCUCUUCGUUCUAUCUUCUGCCUUAUCUGCUUUCUCCCUUCUUUCUUUUCUUCUUUCUCUCUUCUUUUCCUUCUUCUCUUCUUUCUCUCUUCUUUCUUCUCUUCUUUCUCUCUUCUUUAUUAUCUUCUUUCCCUCUUCUACCUUAGCUUCUUCCGUGUCUUCUUUCUACCUUCUAACUUCUCUUGUUUCUUUCUUGUUUCUUUCUUUCUUCUUUUCCUUCUUCUCUUCAUUCUAUCUUCUUUUUCUCUUCUUUCUUUACUGCUUUCUCUCUUCUUUCUUCUCUUCUUUCUCUCCUCUUUCUUCUUUCUUGUCUUCUUUCUUCUCUUCUUUCUAUCUUCUGCCUUAUCUGCUUUUCAUCUUUCUUUUCUUCUUUCUCUCUUCUUUUCCUUCUUCUCUUCUUCCUUAUCGUCUUUCUAUCUUCUACCUUAGCUUCUUCCAUGUCUUCUUUAUACCUUCUCACUUCUCUCCUUUCUUCUUUCUUUCUUUUUUCUUUCUCCCUUCUUUCUUUUUUCUUUCUCCCUUCUUUCUUCCUUUGCUUCUUCUCUUCUUUCUCUCUUCUUUUGCUUCUUCUCUUCUUUCUCUCUUCUUUAUCUUCUUUCUCUCUUCUUUAUUGUCUUCUUUCUCUCUUCUUUCUUUUCUUCUUUCUCUCUUCUUUCUUUUCUUCUUUCUAUCUUCUUUCUUUGUUCUCACUAUACAUGUCUUUUUUGUCCUUUUAUGUUUUUCUCUCAUUUUAAUUUUGAGCUUAUGUGUUUCCAUGUUAAUAAUUUUGCAUUCUUGUCGUUCUUGCUAA